AUGCCGCGGAUGAUCGGCGUCAGCGGCAAGAGGCACGGGAGGACGACUGGUGCGGAAACCCCUCCUGACGAGAUACCUGGCGUCGGUUCGUCCGCGAAUAUUCGCUUGUCCGCCAUGGCACAGCUAAACGGUUCCGGACCCCGCGGUGAUCGCCCCGUCUCCUCGGAUGAGGACCCUGAAUUAAGCGGAGUCCGCUCAGGGGACUCCCAGCCCGGCGCCGCUUUGAUUGAGUUUGUACGGAUGAAGGGGCCAAAGAACAUGCUGAAACUCAAUAAUAGAGAAUCCUUGGCACCAAUAGCCUUGGUCACACUCAUUUUCUGGCUGUGGGGUUUCUCAUACGGGCUUCUCGGUAAUUUGACCGGCCAUCUUCAGGCUGUUCUCGGACUCGAUACCUGGCAAUCCCUCGGCAUCCAUGCCGCAUACUUCAGUGGCUACUUCGUAAGCCCAGUAACGCUUGGUCGCUGGAUUUUGAAAGGAUGGGGCUAUAAGGUUACACUGAUCACAGGCCUAUCUGUUUACGCCUGUGGGACAUUGAUAUUCUGGCCAUCUGCCGUUCUCUCGUCUUUUCCCGCUUUCAUUGUCUCCAAUGUCGUCAUCGGUGGUGGAUUGGGGGUCUUAGAAACCGCUGCCAAUUCCUUCAUCGCCUUAUGCGGGCCACAGGACAACGCCGAAAUUCGCUUGAAUAUCUCACAGGCCAUUCAGGCUAUCGCAACAGUUGUUUCGCCACUACUUUCCGAGAAAGUCCUUUUCAAGGAUGUGACAAACGUCUCAACUCUAAUCAAUUCACAAUGGACAUAUCUCAGCAUUGCGUUUUUCGACCUACUUUUAGCUGCAGCGCUGUACUACCUACCUAUUCCAGAAGCCCCUGACGACGACCUUGAGCAGAUCGCAAUCCGCUGUCGAGGAGACGGAUCGAGCAAAAUACUAGGUGUUCCUGUCAUCUGGCUGACGCUAUCUUUGGGUGUGGGCUCACUAUACCUCUAUGUCGCCGGCCAAGAGGUUCUAGCAACGAGCUUUGAGUCUCUGGUGGUGGCGUCAAAUAUCAGUUCGGACCUUACACCCUUUGACUAUGUAACCGUUGGUCAUACGGUGUUUGCUGUUGGCCGUUUUCUGACUGCUUUGGUCCUCUGGUUCCUGAAACCUCGGUGGACUCUGAUGAUAGCAUACGCCGGCAUGGUGAUUUUCUCCACUCUUUGUCUGAAGACGUCUGGUUUGACAGCGGUAAUCAUGGGUUUGAUGAUCUACCUGUUUGAGAGUGGUGCUUUCAGCACCCUGUUUGCCAUUUGUCUGCGUGGUAUGGGGAAACACACAAAGACAGCAGCCUCUCUUUUGGCAUCAGCUAUCGGCGGUGGAGCGUUUCUGCCUUUUGUACAGUAUGCAGUGUCCACGUCCCAUGGGGUGUCCUACUCCUACAGCAUCCUUGUCGCUAUCUUUAGCACCGGGGCCCUCUUUCCAUUAUAUUUGAACCUUGUACCUGCUGCUAAAAGGCAGGUAGACCCAGUGGCCCAUACCUACCAGAACGGUCAUCAGCAAGUGGGCCAUGGAGAAGCAGAUAUGUCCCAUGGCGAAAGAUAA